CAGAGACGCGCGGAAGUGCCAGCGAGGCUGCUCACUGUCACAACGUUGACACGGAGGCCCUCAUAGAGUCAGUAAGAUCGGCAGGUGGCAGACGGCGUGACAGUCAGCGAGCUGACCUUCACGGACUCUUGAGGGGCUGGCGGAAUCAAAGUUUGAGAGCUUAAAAGAAACUAUGGUUGGGAAUAUUACGGAAGUGAUGCAAUCCAUGCGUAACGAUUAUCCACUGCUUGAAAAAGCUAUCAAGGAAGCCUUGCAAACAUUAUUGCAACAGAGACCGGCAGAUCCCGUAUUAUUUGUAGCUGAGAAGCUUAGAGAAGUGAACAGAGAGAAUCGCAUUGAAAUGGUAACCUUGCAACUAUUAUCUGAGUACAUCAGGAAACACAUGAUAUACUAUGCAGGAGAUGGCAGCUACCAAGAUACAGGCCUUAGGGCGUAGAAAGAGAGAUGCUCGAAGAGUAAAACAGCUUCGUCAUCAGAGCCAUUUGUGGCUAAGAGAUCUGUAUUUCAUUUGUUGUCAAUAAUGCGUCGCAAUUGUUUACUCUUAUUCCAGGUUUGUGAAGCUUGACAUCGAAAGUUCGAAUUCGAUUUCUCGUCAGAAGCUAAUUGACUUUGUAACUGACUGGGGAGACUGCAAUUUUUGGCAUGACUGCAUUUCAGAUGCAAGGAGGUCAAACCAGAGACAAAUUAGAGUUGCCUUACAGAUUGACAAGGAGAAUCCCAGAAAAUGUACAAGGGCUCUCAA